AUGUCACUCCCGACUGAGUAUGAGGGAGAGGCUUCUUUGCCUACCCCGAAUGAUUUAUCAGAACCAAAAAGACAUGCAGCAUGCGACGAGUGUAGAAAACGGAAGCUCAAAUGCUCCGGAGAACCAGCAGGCUGUUCGCGAUGCAUCAAACAGUCACUCUCGUGCAACUAUUCCAUACAAAAACAGAUGGGCCGGCCACCCAAGAAAAGGACGAGAACAGACGAUGAGGGGGUCGAAUUCCCAGGGCUAUCUGGAACUGAAAUUUGGCCCAGCCCAGAGGACUUGCAACAAUCUUCAUUAGGGAUGAGUCCAAACACAGUCUCCUUCCCAGACACCGAUCAUCUUUGUCCGCAGUUAUUCUGGCGGCCUGGUACGAACAUGAAUUUGCCACAGUGCCAGUCCGCAAAUCUAUUGUCAGGUUAUGAAGACCACAACCAUAUGUGUAGGCCAGACCGUCCAAAACAGUCAAACCUUCCUGUUCCCGCAUCAUCUUCUCCUUGGCCUGAUUUCUCGGCCAUCUCCGAAGCCACGGCCAUGCCAAUGCCAUUCCCCAACCCUCCAGCUUUCCCUUCCACGCCGCUAUCUCCUGCCACCUCAGUUUCCUCCGACUCCACAGCGUCUGGGUGUCCGUGUUUAUCAUACCUCUACCUAUCCCUUAGCCACAUGACAUCCAUUUCCUCCUUCCCAGUCAACUCCCACACUUUAUGCUCGCUAUAUAUUGCUGCACGAACAGCACGGAACGUGAUCCGCUGUCAAGUUUGUCCCAAGAUCUUCUCAACGGGCCUCCAAAAUAUCAUGUUUAUAGGAACUCUAUUAACCGUUGUCGCGGACUCAUGGCUUCGCGUUGCGCAAACCGACCCUGUUGAACUGGGGAUGCAGUCCGCGCCUCCACAGUACGUGUCUGAGGUACUCCAAAGCCCUGACCCAGCACAAGUUUGGAAAUCGUGGCUCCACCAAGUUGUUCGUCGCGCUGUCAUUGGUGGUCCCGUUGAGCCAGGUGCCAUUAUUGUCUGUUCUCAGCAGCCAGAUCUGCUGUCUAUGAUUAUGGAAAUCGAAAAUCGGCAACGCCGCUGGCAUGAGCCUGGGCAACAUCCAAGCCGACAGUGGAACUCAAUGUCUAUACCAGAGCCGGCUCAGUCACAAGAUCAAGAGGAUUCUAGUGAAAAGGAGUUUUUAUGUCUUCGUGUGGUUGGAAGUGCCAGGGAUGUGAUCAAAAAAUUCAACUUUGAUCCUUCAGAAUAUCCCGAGGGCGUUGAGCCUGUCACUGCGAGGAACAAAGCGCACACGGGGGCUCAUAAUGCAUGA